CAGGUGGGUGGGGGGCGUGGCUCGGCUGGAUCACGUGUUGUAGGUGCAGGCUUCAUGUAGGUGAGAGAGAAGCAGCCUGUCAGUCACUUCGCGGUUUGUUUGGAACAGAACACGAGCAAGAAUGGAUUUCAACCUGUCGUCAGCUGUGGAUGAGGAGGAGGUGAAGAGUAAGGAGGCUCAACAGGAUGAGUUCAGUUUCCCCUGGAACAAGAAGAAGGACGGUGACAAGGGUGGCAAAGACAAGAGUGGUAGCAAGGACAAGAGUGGUAGCAAGGACAAGAGUGGUAGCAAGGACAAGAGUGACCACAAGGACAAGAGUGACCACAAGGACAAGAGUGACCACAAGGACAAGAGUGACCACAAGGACAAGAGUGGCCACAAGGACAAGAGUGACCACAAGUCAAAGGGUGAAGGCCAUAAGAAGCAUAAGAAAGAGCGCAAACAUGGAGAGAAAAAUGGCUCCUCAUCCUCCUCUUCAUCAUCAUCCUCCUCCAGCAGCGAUGAGGAGUGAUGCUUCCUGGGGGACAGGGCUGCUCUGCUAGUCUCUUAUCAUCUCGUCUAUAGACAAAAUGAGUAUGUGUCCGUCUGUGUGUGUUUGUGUGUCUGUGUGUGUGUGUGAGUGUUUGAGGGUACAGUAGCAUCAAAUGUUCUUCUCGUCCCAGCACUGGUGUCACAGAAACAUCACGGUCUUGUGUAAACGAUUGUGCCAAUUCCUAGAAGUAAAUGUUCUGACGACAAACAAAA